AUGGAAAUAUCAAUAACUUCAGAAAAUAAUCAUGCUUAUGCAACUAAGAUUUCAAGAAGUGAUGCAUUCUACCCAGAUAUACCAUCUGUUGUGUUAAAGACUUCAUUGCCAGCAACAUUAUCUUACGAACAAACAGUUUGGAGUGACUUACCUAAUAUACCUACACUACUAAUUGAAUUGUUAAGUGAAAUUGAUAAAUGCAUACCACCAUUAAAGUAUAUAGGUUAUGGUAUUGGUGACUACACACUGAAACACUGUGAUAAAAUAUUAAACGUGUUAUUAAGCGCCAGAUAUGAAAGUGAUUUCCGUAAAAGUAUAAUUCAUCAGUGUCAGCGGUCAUUACUAGCACAAAUCAUAGUCUUAUUUUUAUUAAGAAUGGAAGAUCCACCGUUUAUUGCGACGUCAACAUUGUGUUCUGCUUUGUUAGAGAAAAAAAUUUCAAUCAAUCUUCAAACACCAAAAUGUGAUCAGUAUGAUGCUAACAUUGAGAUGAUUAUUAAGGAUUGUUUAACCCCUUUAAGUAUAUAUCAGAAAGCCACUAUAUCGUAUUUCAUUGAAAAAUGCCAACGAUGGUGUCAGUCUGAGAUAGCCUAUCAAAUUAAACAGAAUUCUAAGGUUGAACAAAAUGAAGUGUAUUCGAAAUUGUUGGAAUUUUUAGCUCAUUUUUUUUCAAAAUCACUAAUUGGUUUACCUAAAUCGUAUAUUUCAUCAUUAUUGUUAGCACACAGUAAUGCUGAUUUGGAUAAUAUUCGAGAGGAAAUAUUUAUCGUUCUCACUGGGAUGAUUAGUUCAUAUUUUUGGCAUAGAAACUCAAUAGAAUGUUUAUGCAUAAUUAAAAGAAAUGAAUUUAAUAAAUUACCCACUCUAAUAGGAUCUGAUUCAGAAAGUGAUGAUCCAUACAACGGAGGAUUUUUAUCUGACUAA